AUGACCACUAUGCACCUAGACGGGUCCAUACCCGUAAACGCUGACGAUUGCGUCGACGACGAGACGGCCGUGGACUUAGCCCUGUUCAAGGUCAUCGGCCUAAACAGCAUUCUAAGCCGCGGGGCCGUGGCCCGCCGGAUCCAGACCACUUGCUUGUGGAUUGCAUGUCUGAUCAUCGCCAUGCAGCUAGUGCAGGUGAUCGGGCUGUACACGACAGUCAAAGACCUGCAACGUUUCUCGUCCUUAGCCGUGGCGGCUGUCUCCGAGCUGAUGUGUGGGUUCAUGGGAUUCGUGCUGGCCGCCAAAGCCGACCGGCUGCGGGACGUGCUGGACGUCGCCCUGUACCGGUACACGGCGUGUGUUCACCGGAUGCCGACCAUCAUGCGGCUGUCCAGUGCCUUGGUGUCGACGCUACUCCGGACGUUUACCAUGGUCAUCUACGGCACGUCCGUCAUAUGGAUCAUCUCGCCACUGUUCACCGACGACGUCGCGAAGAGCAUGUAUAACAUAAAGUGGAUACCCGGCAUGUCCGAGAGCGCGUACAAGUGGCCACCUGUCUGGGCCGCCAUCUACGCAACCGAGUUUGUCACGAUAAUGGUCAACGGUAUCUUCGUGGCGAUGUUCAACUGCUACCUGUUCUCCGUGUGCUUCGUACUCAGGGCUCAGUUCCUCACGUUGGCGGCCGGGUACGCGACGAUCGGCCACCAAAAGUUGACGCUGCGGCGAGAUGUAGACUCCGACAAAAAUAUACACAGAAAGAGCGACGACGGUGAUAUAGAUUCUUUUGAAUAUUACGAAGAGUUGAUGGUUCACAUAAAAGAUAAUCAAAAUAUAAUAAAGAAAUAUGAUGAAUUUUUUGAAAUUGUUCGGCCUGUUAUCUUAACCCAAGUAAUUAGUAGUUCGAUUUUAAUUGUUGAAUUAGCGUUUCUCUCUGUACAUAUGUACGUAAUGGGUGAGUCAAUAACAUCUGUAACAUUUUUGAGAUUAAUGGCUGGUCUUAUCUUUACUAUUAUCCAGCUCUAUAUUUAUUGUUACAGUUUCAAUUGCAUUGAAAUCGGGAAAUGUACGUUGAAUUUCGGACUGUAUAGUAGUAACUGGACUGAGAUGGAUUUAAAAUUUAAAAAAAUUUUAUUUUUGGCCAUGAGCAUGAAUUCCACCCACAUGAAGGUUAUGAAAUUGUCACCGAAAUCUAUCAUCAAUUUGGAAAUGUUUACAAGGGUGAUGAAAAUGUCGUACAGUUUAGUGUCCGCAGCUGACGAGGAACAUGGUAUCGAUGAAUUUUUAACGCGAAUCAACCCUACACAGACGACAUGGGCACCAAUUCGGAAAACAAAACCAUUGCUUAUCAGUCGACCAACGACGAACAUAGACACUCUUCCCGCAUCGUUUGAUUCAGACAUUUCACAAGACCCGUACGGAUGCAUUCAAUCAUAUAUAGAACCUUCAUCAACGAGCCCUGCAGUUGAUGAGAACUACGGUCCAACGUCUUUCAACAGUUUCAACCACUCGCCAUCUAUUCUCGAUUUCACAUGCGGCAAGCCCACGAAAAAAAUUAAAUAA